GAGGAACUUUCAAACCGCGGUCGGUGUCAGUCCCUACAACUCGGUGCCGCGUUCUUGCUGUCACUUUAGAGGAGAAUUUUCGGGCUCCGGAACGGAUAUGCGGAAGUGAUUCUAGCUCCUGCGUGUGACAUAUAGUGCCUUUAUUUUCCGGUGGUUUAUUUCUUGAGGGACAAGCUAAGAUGAACGUUCUCCACGCUGCACUGUCGGUGCUAAUCUUCAUCGGAAUCGCCUCGUCUGAAAGGAGACUGGCCAAAAACAUUCGAGUCACAACGGAAAUCAAAACUGGGGUUAAUUUCAAUUGCCCAGAAGAAUUCGGAUAUUAUCCUCACCCAGAUGACUGCACACAAUACUACGUUUGUGUAUUUGGUGGAGCUCUUUUGGAAUCAUGUACAGGAGGACUGAUGUAUAGCCAUGAACUCCAGACUUGCGACUGGCCAAGGAACGUUGGAUGUGAUGGCCUCGAUAUGUCUGGAUCUCCUUCUUUCAUCACGAGUACUUCUUCCAAACCUAGACAGAAGGAGCGAGACAACGAAAGGGAGAGGGAGAGGGAGAGAGUUAGAGCAGAACCAAAACCGAGUUACCCUUCAUCACAAUCAAUACAACAGCCCUCAGUGGUUGUUACUUCUAGAGGACAGCCAAGGAACUUACAGCACAGCAAACAAGACAUCAUUAAGAAAAAACAACAACAGCAACAACAACAACUUUAUGAAGAAUCUGAUGAAACUCUACCACCUGCUGAAGAAUUCGAAACUGACCGUCAACAACGUGUGUAUCGUGGCCAACCGCUUACUGUUGGCCAAGUACAAAGAGACAGAGAUGGUCUCAGAUAUCCUAAUGCCAUAUCAAGUUUCAGUGGAAGAGGAGAUAAAAUCGGCGUGAUCUCUUUUGGGACACAUAACCAACAAUACAGUGUAGAGAAAACUGCUGCAGCGGUACCAGCCAGAAAACAAAUUCAAAAUGGAACUCAAUAUAAUGACAAUCGAUAUGAACCGUAUUAUGCGUAUUAUGAAGAUGAUGCUGAACUUUACAGAGAUGAUGAAUUUCCAUCCAACGAGGAUUAUAACAGUGCUCAGAAUUCUCAGAGCCCAUCCUAUCGUGGCGUUACAACGACCGUAACGCCUGUCAAGAAUGAAAUACCCAAAAGAGGUAACACGGUAUUCAUCGAAAAUAACUACAAUCAGCCAGAAUACUACCAGCAGUCCACCGUUGCAGAUUACAAUGACGAAAACAGAUAUGAUUCACAGGUUGAUGACCAGAAUACUUAUAGAUCAUCGAACAGGCAACCCUAUCGGGAUGACAGGAAUGAACUGAAUGACGUUGAAGAAGUCGCCACUAAAAGAUCCACGACGACUACUACUACUACUACUUCUACCUCAACUAGAACAUAUUCUACCACAAGUAGACCGACGAUAACCACAACGUUGCCCCUGCGAACUAUAUCCUACAAAAAGAGCACAGUACUUCCAAUAAGAAGUCCUUCCAGAGGACGUGGUACGGCCCAUUAUUCCAAUGGAGGAGGAGAUCAAAUCAUCAAUAACGAAGUAACGGUCAUCAGCAAUCGUGGAACACCACCCCCCCGAGCCCGUCCAACCCUCAAACCAUCGACCUCGAUAAUUUCGAAGGUUCAGGAGUUUGUCGACAUCUAUAGAUUCCCUCCGAGACGUCCUGACCCGAUAUAUCCACAACCUCAAGUUGACAAGACUGCAGCCAAGUGCAGGAAGGACGUUUGCUUGCUACCGGAUUGCAGUUGUGGUGGAAAAGAAAUUCCAGGAGAUCUGCCUGUCAAGCAAAUACCUCAAAUCGUGUUGCUCACCUUCGACGAUUCAGUGAACGACUUAAACAAAGGUUUAUACCAGGAUUUGUUCGAAAAGGGUAGGACUAACCCCAACGGAUGCCCGAUAGCUGCAUCGUUUUAUGUGUCUCACGAGUGGACCGAUUACAGUCAGGUUCAGAAUUUAUAUUCUGAUGGUCAUGAAAUUGCGUCUCACACAGUCUCGCAUAGUUUUGGAGAACAGUUUUCACAGAAAAAAUGGACCAAAGAAGUAGCUGGUCAAAGGGAGAUUCUCUCUGCUUACGGUGGAGUCCAUUUGGAAGAUGUGAGAGGGUUGAGAGCACCUUUUCUAUCGGUUGGCGGAAACAAAAUGUUCAAGAUGCUGUACGAUUCGAACUUCACGUACGACUCUUCCAUGCCCAUCUACGAGAACAAACCUCCCAGCUGGCCUUACACGCUAGAUUACAAGCUCUUUCACGACUGCAUGAUCCCACCUUGUCCCACCAAGUCCUACCCGGGUGUGUGGGAGGUGCCCAUGGUGAUGUGGCAAGACUUGAACGGGGGUAGAUGCUCGAUGGGAGACGCUUGCAGCAAUCCCCCUGACGCUGAAGGUGUAUUCAAGAUGUUGACCAAAAACUUCCAAAGGCAUUAUACAACGAAUAGGGCUCCAUUCGGCUUGUUCUACCACGCUGCCUGGUUCACGCAGCCCCACCAUAAACAAGGUUUCAUCAACUUCAUAGAUAGCAUAUUGGCUUACAAGGAUGUGUGGUUCCUUACGAAUUGGCAAGCCAUCCAGUGGGUCAGGGAUCCUACACCCAUAUCAAGGCUGGGGUCCUUCCAACCAUUCCAGUGUGAUUAUUCCGAUCGCCCUAAAAGAUGCAACAAUCCCAAAGUUUGCAACUUGUGGCACAAAUCAGGAGUCAGGUAUAUGAGGACAUGUCAACCUUGCCCGGAUAUCUACCCUUGGACCGGAAAUACGGGAAUACGUAGCAGCAAAAUAGAUAACGCAAUCGAAGAUUAAUUUAUGUAUGUUAGAAAUCAUUCCGUCGAAUGUUCUUCACGGUAUUCUAGUAAUAUCGCACGCCUAUUUGAAACGGACAUACUGAAACAUUUCAACUCUGAAAGGUUCAGCGAUAUAACGAAAAUAUGGCUGUACUUCAUGUCAAUCCGCCAAUGACUAGCGAGAAUCAUUGAAAAUGCAAAAAUCCAGACAUCUUUAUGUUCGAGGUUUCCACAAAUUGACAUCAUCUUUUUCUUCACAUCCUAGGUGAUCCUAAUUUCACCGGCGAUAGUUUGAGAAACAAAUUGAAUCAGCAAAGUUACGGUGACAGGGGAUUGGAACCACUCAUUCUUUAAUUCCAGCUCCUGAAAUAUUCCUGAUGAAUUUCGCAUUACUCUGUCUAUUUUGUAUAACAAAUUCCCGUACAGCUAGCUGUGCCGAACUAAUUUGAUCUCGUCAAUGUUACCUAUCUGAAAAGUUCGCUUCAUUUCGUCACAAUUUUCAAAAAUGGCAUCGUAUAUUGAUUUCAGGAGAAUAUUUGCCUAAUGAUUACAGUAUUUUUUCAGUAUUUAAUUUGUUAUAAAGUGUUGUGUACCUAUUGUUGUACAAUGUAAGUGAAUGUUUUGAUCGAAUACUACGGAAUCAAUUCAACCUCCUCAACUGCGAGUCAUUGUUUUCAUCAACAAAGAAAUAUUGCAAAAAAAUAACAGCUCCAGAAUAUGAAAUGAAUGAUCAAUUUUUAUGUUUCGAUACAUUUUUCUGCAAAAUUGAUCCAAAUGAAUAAACAGCUAGUGAUAGAUGUGCUGACAUGACCUUUGUAAUUGUAGUAGCUCAGAAUUCGUGCACAUCUAUCUUUGAUCAUCAUUUUAUGGAUCAAAUCAAGUCUGUAUCUAAGCACAAACUGAUCGUCCAAUUCAGAAUGAAAAUAUUUCAGGCUCCUCUUAUUGGCGGAUUAUCUCAAGAAAAUAUAAGUUCCACUUAAACGACUUCGAAAUGUUAAUCGUUUGGUUCAAGAAGGAAGGAAAUAGGGAAAAAAACUUUCACCCUGUUAUGAAGUGAUAGUGAAUCCAAUAAUAAGAAUGUUGUAGAAUACUCAGGUAUAUACGAAAGACAACUUAUUUCCUUCAUUUCUAGAACUAUGUGAUUGAGAACGUGUUAUAUCUGAUUAUUCACUCUGUCAAGUUGAUUUAUAGAUGUUAUUCAGCUACAAUAAUAGGAAUUCCUGAUGCCCAAUCAUCUCGUAUUUUUGUACAUGAAAUUGUAAAUAGUUCCAAUGUAUGUAUUUGUAGCCUAAUUCGAACAAUUUUGAAUUCGUGAUGCCAACUGAUCACAUGAUGUAAAUAGCAUUUAUUUACCUUUUUCCUAUCCAUUAGUCGAUUUGAUGAAUGGAUUGCUGUAGCCCCUCAAACAGUGGGAUACAUCCCCACAUAAGCUAGAGUCGAUAUUAUUUAUACAAUAAAAGGGUGGGUUAAUAAUGAAAGCCGUUUAUGUCAGGAGAACGAGGUUUCGAUAGAAUGAUGAAUACAAUGUUUUUCUAGUAGGUAUAGUGAAAAUGAUAACAUAUCGAAAGGAUAAUGUAGUCACCUCAAAUCGAAGAAUUUGACGACAUUGCAGAUACAAAGAAUCGUUGUAGUCGUGCGAAUUACCAUUUCAGUAUCUCGUAUACAGAUGAAGAGGAUCAGAUUCAAUAAAAUAUAAUAUCUUUUCACCUCUCCUCUCAUGAUGUAGAUAACUUAAGAAUUCAAAGAUUGCCAUCAAUGUUGUCUAUUGAAUAACAUUACUUUCAUUCAAAUGAUCUUCUGUAGACCAAUCGUAAGAGCAUAGACUGGCUCGUUCUCUAUACUGCGAUUUACCUGAUCACCCAGAAGGCAACACGUUGACGUCAAAUUUUGCUAUAUGUUGAGUGAUGAUCUUUAAUAAUGAUAUAAAUCGUGUAAUCACAGGAUCUGUGAGUCCACGCAUUGACGUCACAGAAGAUAUGAUAGAUCCAGUAAAUUGAGAUCCAGGAAUCGAUACAACAAUCAGUUCUUUUGUAUUUUCUGAUCAUGGCAUGGAAGUCAUGAUGUCAUUCAAGUAUUUUCAAUAUUGACUGACGAUACAGAACGAUGGAAUAUCGAUCUCCUCAUUGCGUUGAGAAAUGAUCGUUUCCUCCUCUUAUUGUUAUUUCUGCACGUGAAAAUUCGAAAUUUCAGUCAAUUCGUGGAAUGGAAAAUAGCUGGCAUAGUUCGAUGAAACUGAAAAAAUCGAAUAUAAAAAUAUUUCAACGGGGCGGUACUUUGAUACAUUCAAAUGAUCGAAACCUCAAGCCUCGAAUUCAAAGAAUUUCUCUUUAGUAAUAUAUGGGAAAUUGUGAAUGAUUUUCUCAAAAAGAAAUAGUGGCCUCCAAAGCUUUUUAACAUUUUAGAUUGAUUAUCAUGAUGAAUUUGGGUGAUAUUUUGUGAAAUUUCAUUGAGUGAGGCAUCAUAAAUGUAGCAAUGUUCCAAGUAUCAUUUCUGGAAUCAGCAUAUCUCAACGCCGAUCAAAUUGCAUCCAGAAUAAAGUUGGCAAUUACCGCUUCUUCCACUUUUAUCGAAUAAAAAGAUGAUAUAUGAUGUGAGUAAAUUGAUCCAAGAAGAUGUCAAAACAUCUAGAUGACAGGUCAAUUUCAAGUCAUUAGGAGAUAUCUUACGAAACAUUUUCUAUUUGCAACUGUUCGAGAUGUAUUCUGGAACUCUCAUAAUUCGAAAAUAUCUUGAUACAGGACUCCGAUAUUCUCGGAAGUAGAGUUUUCUCGAUUUGUUGUUUCGAUAAUUGAUACUUCUUGAAGUCUUUCGAGUGAAUUUAUCAAUUGAACUUGUCACAUUCCACAACCUAGAUAAAAGCUCAUCAUUUGUUUCAAGGGGUAACCGUAAUCCAUUCGUGAUUUGCGAUUGACCACGAUAAUAUUAUUGUGUUCUAUAAUAAAAAUGCCGAAUCUACCUACGAGCCUGGGACACUAUGGACUAUGGUGAGACUAUGUAUUGUGUGUUGGAUGUGAUCUGAUACAUACAUAGGGUGACUUUUAAUCAAUACAUUCAUUUCACACGAGCGGUACGGUAUUUUUGAAAAUAAAGUGAGAAUGUCAUUGUUUCCUGAACUAACAGAUAGAACAGAUAUAAAUAGUCUAGAAUCAUCUGAUCCUGAUGCACGCAUUUGACAACGUCGCACAGUAUCCGUGGUGAGCACUCAGGCCAUGAACUUGUUGAACCGACAAAAAGAGCUAAGAAAACUAAAAAGAGCAUCGUUGAAAGCGCCGAUUAGAAUUACUAAAUUAUCCUACCUCGUAGAAUUCCUGUUGGCGCUUCCAAUACUAGAAUGGUUCAAGCUCAAUUCACUAGAUUAUCGCGAUCAUCACAGAAAUACUAGGAGUUUUCAGUUCCAAAUUUGCAAUUGAAAACGCCUUGAAUUAAAUCUAGGAGACCCAACAGACCAUUUCGUCUCGAAUAAACCAGGAGUAUGAUAUCGAUAGACCAAUUACUACUGCACAGUAAAUAUAGGUUAGAUCGAUUAGGUAUUUACCCAGAUUUCUAUCAUGAUGAAUGACUCAUUCAAUAAGCAGUGUGUUAGUAGGUUCCUAUCUUCCAAUAAUGAAUGUAUUUGUUCAUUGCAUCCUCUACUAUAUUCCACCUUUUAUCUAGCACAGAUAGCACAGUUUGUGGUUAUUCUCGUCUCUCCGAUCCAACGGAAGUGAACUGUUUGUUCUCAAUUUGACUGAUUCUUGAUCGAUACUAACUGUAUGUAAAUAGCAGAGAUGUUGAAACUGUCUCGCACAUAUAUCCGGUCGGCAGAAAGACUUCCGCUCCAACUUGAAUACCUGAAAUAAACACGUGCUCUUUUGUUGCUUCGCUAGCUUUCAACACAUAUCUCAGCUUCAACAAUUUCGUAGCCUUAUUGUUCAUAUUGAACUAUCAAUUGUAAUAUUGCGUGGAAAAAGUAAGUACAUUUUUCGUCACCAACUGAGCUUUGAAUGUCAAUCAGGAUUUCAUAUGAAAUUGGAUAAAUCAAAAGACUGUAUGAAAUGAAUAAUCAAAUAACUGAUCACUUGUCAUUGGGUCACUAUGAACUGAAAUUUCCACAAAGAAAUCCACUUCAGUUGAAAUGCACAUGAAUUUCAACAAACUUCACCAUUAAUUACGAUAAGUGUACCACGAAAAGUAUCGAAAGUGUUUUGAGAAUAAAAUUGAAGUAACCUCUCCUUCGGAUCUCUCUCAUCGAUAGAAAAUACCGACCAAUCAAGAUGUUUUUGCUUUUCUUUUGCUGAAUAAAGGAUAUUCACGAUCACAGAUACCCUAUAUGUAUAUUCUUCGAGAUAACCAGUCGAUUGAUUUCGAAGGCUGAUUCUAUCCCCGCAAUAUUAUUCCUGUGGAUUUUGAAUCGAUCUCAGAUAAGUAGUAGAUGGAAAGAAUAUUUAGGUGGUACAAAAGUAUAUCAUUUUCUGAAGUUUGGUUUGUAUAUUAGAAAUUCACUGAUUUUUGUUAUCCUAGCAUGAUGAAAAUAUCAUAUAUAUAAUUUGAUAUAAACAUCAGAGUAGUCAGAAUCGAGUUGAAUUUUUUUGUUAAAAAAAAACUAACUGUUGCAACAAUUUCACGAAUUGCUAUGCCAGUUUGUUUUUUUGCGCAUUCAUUUCAUUUCGGGGCGAAUACCUAAUCAGGAUUGAGAAUGUUCCAGAGAUUGGAUAUUUCUAUGAUUCCUCGAAUCUGAGAAAUUCAUGAGAUUGCUAAUGUACAGAGUAUACUAAGUGUUCCAUCGAGAAUGUAUAUACUGUAUGUGCUCCGCCUCAUUUCAUCUGAAAUCUCUAGAAAAUGAGUUAUUGUGAAGGGAUAGGUAUUAUAGUCCACGAUCAAUCAACUGGUUAGAGAAGUAUCAGAUCAUAUCAAGAUCCCAGUUCAUCUGUAAAGAUUCUGUGUAUUUAUUUAAAAUGUAUAAGCAAAAUUGUCAUUUCCUGAUUUGAUACGUAUUUUAUGAUAAUGUAGAUAAUGAGAUUAUUUAUACAAGGUACUUUAAUUUAUUUAAGAUCUGUGAAAUUUGAGAUAUAGUGUUCGGUGUAUAAAAAAUAUAUACUCAUCAAUAUA